AUGACGUCAUUUCUCAAAUCAGCAAUAUUGAUUGGCAUAUUAUCCAUCGUUGUUUCCGCCGAAUUGGAGCAAGCGGUUCGUGUUGUCCGAUUCCGUGUCGACUACCCCAACGCGGACUUGUCUCAACUCUCCAAGUAUUCGAAUUGGGCCACGAUUCUGCGCAAGAGUGUGCUGGCUUCAUUAAAAUUCGUCAACAAACAUUGGGAGGUUUGCGGGGAGGCGGAAAAGUUGGACAAGGUUGUGGGGUGAGUUUUAUGGUUUUUUGAGGCCAAAUUUUAUUAUAACCUGUGUACAACGAAACCUAUACAUAACAAACAAUUUAAAAUGUCUCUAGAGUCAUUUUUAGAUCAAAGUUUAGGUCUUCAUACAACGAAACCCCUCUAUAACAAAUAAUUUUUGAGGCCCUUGCGAUUUAUUGCACAGAGAUUUUACUGUAUGUAUUAGACUUGUCAUAGAAGAAGUAAUAGUUUAUUUGAACCUUCAUUUCGAGAGACUAUUGAAAAUCAGGAGAGACAGAGAGUCAGAAAAACUUGGUUUCGGCUGAAACUCCGUUAAAUUUUGCCAAAAAUGUACUGCCUUUUUGAAACCCUUGCAAUCUUAGCGACAAGUGUGAUGCUUAAAAUUCGGCGAUUAGAAUUAUUGCUUCAGCCUUUGCCUACUUGCUAUGUAUAGACUAUACGUAGGUUCCAAAAAAUUUUAGCGUAAUCGUUGCAGGUGCAGCUGAGAUAUUGAACGUUCAUUGCGAGCGAAAGAUUACGCAAAAUUGGGAGAGAGAUUAGAGACAAAAUAGUUUCAACCAGCACGAAAAGAAUUGAUUUUUCGAAAACUUUUUGUUUACCACAUGAAAAAAAAGGAACGACAAUUUUUCACACAUAAAAAUUCAUUAAAUUUUGCCCAUCCUAGGUCUGAAAAUCUCGGUUCUUUCUUCAAAGGCAGAGUUAAAAGUCAAAAAAAAAUAAUCGAGAUUUACACCAAGGUUCAUCAGAAUCUAAGACCAAAAAUUUGAAAAAUUCUCUUUCAAAUGUCAUCCAAAAAAUUCUCAAAAUUUUCUUAUGUUGCGUUGAAGCUAACCCUCACAUUUCAGAGCCCAAAACGAUUGCGGGAAGUUGCAAGUGACCGGGGAGAUUGUGGAAAACAACCACUACCGAAUCAACGCCACUUUCAUUGCUAACCGGUGAGCAAAAAGAAAGCCACUAGGGGCUGUCGGAAACGGCUACAGAGAAGUUUGAAAACAAAUAGAAAAUCUCAAAACCACUUCGAAUUUCAGCGACCCCAUCAAGAACACGAAAGUUGAAGCCACUUCAACCGUCUACGGCGUGAUUCAAAUCGGGCUGCGCGGCGGCAUUUUCCAAUACACGAAUGCGAUGAAACUGCUGGGAAAGCCGUCGCCAGUCCUCGAAUUCGAAGACGCCUACUUCUGUUAUCCCGAGUACGAGUUGGUGAAUGAAAGCCAAUGCAGAUUGAGACCGGAAAGUCGCCGGAGAAUCAGUCGGAACACGGUGAAACGAAGAGGACGUUGA